CAUCGUUAAAUAAAACAUUUCUUUCUUUCCAAUAGCCAAUGAUUAAUUAAUUAAUGUGCUCAUGUAGUGCUGUUAAACAAAAUAAACUUUAACUGUAACACUGGCGAAAUGUAACAUUGCAACUAUAAUAAUGGACCUUUAAAGUGUGAUAAACUGCAUGGGCAGGACCAAAAGAGUAGAACAUAGAUAUGUAUACUAAUUAUAUAUAUAUAUAUAUAUAUAUAUAUAUAUAUUUAUUUAUUUAUAUAUAUUUAUUUAUUUAUUUAUUUAUUUAUUUAUUUAAUAACUUGUGGUGCUUAAAACAGUGCCGUCGUAGCUUCUAGUACAUAUAUUUAUACUACUUCUAUCACACAGAUAAACCGGGUAAAAGCUACAAUUGUUAUCAACAAUACAUAGUAGGUGUAAUACAUGUGUGUAGUUAAACAGUUAUCAGUCAGUGAAGAUACUUUGACCCCACACGAGGCAGCUCUACUCCCCCUACACAGAAAACAAAAAUGAAGGUAUGGUAUCUGUUACUAGUGGGUGUCGCUCUGUUGGUACGACAGUCGGAAGCAGUACAGCCAUUCUGUACCACCAAUCCAUCGGUAACAGUUUCCCCUAAUGAUCCAAGACUUCCAGCCUUCCUUCCUCCCCAGUUCCAGACGGUGAUAGAAGGCAGCAUCAUCAACAGCGGCAUGACCGUGGUAGCCAAGGAGUACUCGGACUCGGCUGCGGGAAUGGCGCGUAUGGAUAUGACCAUUAACAAUCAAGUGUAUACAGCGAUCGUAAACUACAACACCAACCAGUCUUACCACAUCAACAAUAAUGCCAAAUGUACUGUAAUGAAUAUAUCGACAGACGACGAUGCUGUUUUGCUGGGAAAUGGAUUUGGGUCAAUGAAGCAUGGGUUUUCCACUCAAAGCAUGCUUAGGUUUGCACAGCGAUAUGGUGAGCAAUACAUCGGCAAGACAACAGUUCGCGGAAUCAAGGUCGACCACUGGAGGUCAUGUUUGAACUGGACUUCAUUCUCAGACAUCUUUACUUUGGACUACUAUUUCACAGACAGUAAUUGGACAACUUUAGAUACAUCACUUCAGAUCCCAGUUCGCGCCGAGAUAAAAGGAGAGCAGUAUGCCCCUAAUGGAAGUGUUUACUACAGUUUUCACCACAUAUAUGAAUAUGUUUCAUUUCUUGCUUCCAUAGAGGACCCAUAUAUUUUUGAGACCCCGCCAGGCGUGGGAUGUCCAAAUCGGAAAAGCGGCCGCUCCAUGCCCAAGUUGAAGCCACAGUACCAGUACCGGGAGGAGGUUGUGGACCAGUCGGGAGCCAUGCUCAUACAGACUGAUAUAUGGUACGAUUAUGGAUAUAAACUGGUUCGUUAUGACUACCGGCCAGUGGAACCAGGCUAUCCAUUCUGGACUCAAAAUCCACUCUCGAGAAUUCAAGACUAUAAUACAGGUGCCUCCUACGUAAUCGACCAUGUAUUCGGAAACUGUACAAUUGAGCCUAUCGCCAACUCGACCUGGGACGCCAUCCACACAGCAUCUUCGAAACAAGCUUUGACCUUGCGUAACCCCGAACAACUCUUCUAUCUCGAUAACACAUUUGCCUAUGCUGGACAGAGACCUACACGAGGCAUCCUAUGCGACGUGUAUGCAAGCUUUAAGAACGGCACCACUAUGGAGAUCUACUUUCUGUCAAAAGACUGGACAGCCACCGACAACACGGGAAUUGAUCCUACAACACCUGAUGUUCCAGUCCAGUUUUCCAUAACAUAUUCUGACAAUACGCAGAUGUUGUACAAUCUGUAUGACUUUGACCAAGAACAUCCGAAUAUACUCAAUGCUUUUGACAUUACUCCCUGCUACUCAGACGAAGACAAAAUUAGCUUCCGUAUUAGCUUUCCAUACAAUGCUGGGUCCGUCUUGAAGGUGUACAAGAGGGCGUUUCAGGCCACGUGUCUCGAGCUGCUAUCUAAACUGGGACAGCUGUCACCAGUGAGAAUUCAGAAAACAGAGGUACACUGGACGUUCGACCACAUCUACUUUCUCGCAACAAUCGUCGGAAUGGCACCAUCCAUAGCAAAGUUUCAAAAGUGGUCCGGUUUAAUGGCCAAUUACCAAGACGACAUGAACUACCAGCAGAUAGGCAGCGCCACAACGUGUGCUGACCUCUGCGACCAACAGACCAGAGGCACGUGCAACAGUUUCGACUACUGUCCCAAGAGCCAAGUCUGCUCUCUCAGUGGUCUAUACACGUCUGAUGGCAAAAAGCUCUCCAAUGCACCAACCUGCAGUCAUUUUUCACGUGUGCUGACGGGCCCGGUGGAUCACGAGGUUGCCAGUGGAGAUGCCUACAAAGUAAUCAAGGAUGGCGUGUACAGAGGGGGAUUCCUCAUUCCUAUCAAAUUUCCAGGCGUGAAUGAAGUCUACAGGGCGUCCGACAUCACUGAUAAAAUAAUAAGAAACCCAGUUGCUGGAAAACCAGUUGUGAAGUCAAUCCACCACUUCACGGACCACAUCAACAAGCAGGUCCGCGGGUUCGAUGACCUCAUCCUGACCGGGCUGGCGGUGGACGAGUGUGCGGCAGAGUGCCAGGCCGAGGUCGUCUUCGACUGCCAGUCCUUCGAGUUCUGCUAUGACACUGGCAACUGCAUCAUGAGCCACAUCCACCCCGACGAGCACCCGGACUCCAUCAUCUCCAGUCAGACCUGUGACCUCUUUGUCAGAGACUAUACAUCAAAAUAUACACAACUACCAGGAACGACAACUCUAUCGAAGUCGGAUAGCAUCUACCAGAGCAUUAACAACGCCAACCAGUGUGCCAAGCUAUGUACCGACUAUAACGGCUUCAACUGCAAGUCGUUCGACUACUGCCCGGACAUACACACAUGUUUCCUGGGACGAACCCAUGUGUUCGACCUUCCCAAGGCUCAGAUAAAUGUGCAGCCGACAUGCAACCAUUAUUCCAGGAACUACGCAGACGACUUUAAGAAGAUCACCAACAAAGUGAUCCGCCUGCAAGACAACCGCAUCGUGUUUGGGUUGAGUGCUGAGCAGUGCGCCAAGAUGUGCGUGGAGGAGGAGAUGUUCCAGUGCAGCAGCUUCGAUUACUGCGGCAACUCGUCCGAGUGUCGGCUGUCGACCGCCGCCAUGAGCAGAGUGGGCCAGGUCACCGUCGACAGCAGCGCAUUCUGCAGCAUCUACAACCGUCAGUACUACCCAAGUGGAAAAGUGUAUGUACCUCCUCCACCACCUACGUCUGCCAAAUACACGCCAGGUGCCAUGGCUGGUCUUGGUAUCGGUGCGAUUGUCAUCGGUCUGAUAAUCGGUGUAAUCGGUGUAUUGGCGUUCUCCAAGUUCACGAACCGACCACUUGACGAAAUGGCCGUGGCCUUUACCAACAAGUAUACGGUGUCUACCGACGAGUGACACAGGAGCAGCAGGAAUAAUCAUUUUCACUUGAUAUCUGUUUCGUGUAGUAUUCAUCACCGUUACAGCAAUUUGUAUUUUUGUUUGUAUAUAUCUUUUGUAUCACAACAUUAAGCACAUUUUAUCAACCCCAUAAUCACUACAGGUUUAAUUUUGUGUCACAUUUAAAUAUAUCAUUGCAAGUAAAAACACCACAUUACGGGAUAUUGUUCCUAUAACAUUCAGAGAAUAACUGUGAUGUUUUACAAUAGGACAGUCAUAGUGGUCUUUGUGUUGUGAAGAGAGAGAAUUUUAUUUGUGAUACAGAUUAAAAUGACAGUCUUAAGUUAUAAGCUAUUAAAGUACACAGUAGAAAAAUACACCUACAAAUGUACAUCUGGUUAAUAAAAUGUAUCGGACAAUUGAAAUAAUAAUUUUACAAAUCCACAUUAUAUUGCAAAAUGCAUUCAGGAUUCCCUUGGUUUCAAUUAUUUCCAGUUUCAUCUUUGGUGGUUGGAAGACACGAUAAAAUGCUACAUACAAAAUUAUUGUAGACAAAAAUCAAUAUUAAGCUGCCAAAAACAUCAGAAUAAUCAGAAGUGUAUUGAUAUACAGAUAUUCAUAUUCUAAGCAAGAGAUAUAAAUGUGUCAUAAUUUUAACAAUGAAAAAUAUAUUGGUUGAAAACAGUGACUAAGAGUUCAGGCUAGACACUGUUAUAUUUAUUUACAAAAAGGACGGAUACCUUAACACACUGCUAAUCUGUCCAGAGGUCUUGAGUUUCCACCUUGUAGUUGAGAGUAUGUUGACACCAAAUGACAGUCUUUCCAUUGAUGUACGUGUGAUGGUAACAAAUGCGGGUAUUUAAAUAAUAUUUGUUAUUUUGUCAUAGGAAUAAUGCUUGUUAUUUUGUCAUAGGAUUUUUAAUUGUGCUGAUAAAUGUAAACUGAAAUUAAAAUUGUUAAUUACGAAA